AUGCCUCAACCUAAGCUUCUUAUCACUCUUUUUCAAUCAGUAACCAUGAUUCUAUGUUGUGUUUCCACUACUGAAUUUGUCUAUAAUACAAACUUCAACUCCUCAAACAUCAACUUAUAUGGAAAUGCAACCAUUAACAGAUCCAUUCUCACUCUCACUAAUGGAAGUUUCUUCUCAAUAGGUCGUGCUUUUUACCCGAAAAAACUACCUACCAAACUUCCCAACUCUUCCAUUCUUCUCCCCUUUGCUACUUCCUUCAUUUUCUCUGUUGCCCCUAUCAAAAACUAUAUUGCAGGACAUGGCCUUGCCUUCAUAUUCACACCUUCAAGAGGUCUAAAUGGCACGACAUCAGCCGAGUAUAAUGGUCUUUUCAAUCUCACCAAUGAAGGUAAUCCUAAUAACCAUGUUCUUGGAAUUGAAUUUGAUAUAGUCAAAAACGAAGAAGAAUUCAACGAUAUAAAUGACAAUCAUGUUGGUCUUGACAUAAACUCGCUUAGAUCCUUACCUUCACAUGAGGCUGGAUACUGGGGUGGAAAAGAUGACAAUGAGUUUAAGGUGUUGAAGAUAAAAAGUGGAGAAAAUUAUCAAGUAUGGAUUGAAUUUAUGCAUUCUCGGAUAAAUGUUACCAUGGCUCGUGCAGGACAAAAGAGGCCACGAGUUCCUCUCAUCAGUGUGAAUGUUAAUCUUUCUGGGGUUCUUAUGGACGAAACCUACGUCGGAUUCUGCGCUGCCACAGGGCUAUUAAUUGACAGUAGUAGGAUUCUUGCUUGGAGCUUUAGCAAUAAAAAUUUUUCAAUCGGUGAUGCGUUAGUGACAGACAACUUGCCUUCAUUUGUCCCUUAUAAGAGAUGGUUUUCUCGAGCAAAAGUUAUAGCUGUAGGAGUCACCAGUGUUGUCUGUGUGUUGAUCAUCUGUUGCGGUUGUGUAGUGUUUUUCAUUCUAUAUAGGAGGGGAAAGGAAGAUGCAGAAAUUGAAGAGUGGGAACUAGAAUAUUGGCCACAUAGAAUUAGUUUCCAAGAGAUUCAUGAAGCAACAAGAGGGUUCUCUGAAGAGAAUGUGGUUGCUGUAGGAGGAAAUGGAAAGGUGUAUAAAGGAAUUUUGCAAGGAGUUGAAGUGGCAGUCAAGAGAAUCCCUCAAGAAAGAGAAGAUGGAAUGAGAGAGUUUUUGGCAGAGGUUUCAAGCAUAGGAAGAAUGAAACACAGAAAUUUAGUAGGAUUGAGAGGUUGGUGCAAAGAAGAAAAGGGAAGCUUGAUUCUAGUUUAUGACUUCAUGAAUAAUGGAAGUUUAGACAAAUGGAUCUUUGAGUGUGAAGAAGGAAAGAUGCUAACAUGGGAAGAAAGGAUUCAGGUUUUGAAAAAUGUAGCUGCAGGGAUUCUAUACCUACAUGAAGGUUGGGAAGUUAAGGUCUUGCAUAGAGAUAUCAAAGCGAGCAAUGUUUUACUUGACAAGGACAUGAAUGCAAGAUUGGGAGAUUUUGGUUUGGCUCUUAUGCAUGAGCAUCAUGGGCAAGUGGCCAGCACAACAAAAGUACUAGGGACAUUAGGAUACAUUGCUCCGGAAGUGAUUCGAACGGGAAGGGCGUCGACUAUGUCUGAUGUGUUCGGCUUUGGUAUAUUGUUGUUAGAAGUAAUUUGCGGGCGAAGACCGAUUGAAGAACUUAAGCCAGGACUAAUUGAAUGGGUGAGGUCUCUAAUGUUGGUUAGCCAAUUGCACAAUGCUGUUGAUGAAAGGUUGAAGGCCAGAGGAGGAUACCCUAUUGAGGAAGCUGAAAGAUUGCUUCAUUUGGGUUUGAUGUGUUCAAAUUCAGACCCUAGUGUUAGACCAACAAUGAGACAGAUUGUGAAAAGUCUGGAGGGAGAAAUGAACAACAUUGAUUGUGAUGAAGAAAAUAUGGAGAUUAGUUUGAUUGGAAAACUAAAAUCAGUUGAAAUAUGGUCUAAAACAAUAAGUACAGUUCCAUAUAGAGAUCACCCUACUUUUGAAGAAGUUAUAAGUUAUAAUUCAAAAGCAUCUACAAGUGGCUCAAGUGUUAUUCAAGCAUCAGAUUCAGAUAUCAUUUGGGAAGGCAGAUAA